AUGUCCUCUAGAUCAACAAUAUGGCGUCGUCGUCGACGUGCUAGAGAUUGUCUUAAUGAAAUAACGCCGGUCAAUGUUUCAUUAAAAAAUUUAAUUGAAAACCAGUCAAGCCAUCUUUUUCAUCAAGAUACUGCUCUUUCAAAUCCAGCACAAUCACAUAGUCGUGAAGAUGAUGAAAGUCUUCUGGAUGAACAAUCUACUUGUUUUACAACUAAUUUUGAAGAUGAAAUAGAGUUUAUUGGGACUGAUGAAGAGAAAUAUGUGUUUGAUGAUGUACAAAUUAAUUCAGAAGCUUCAUAUGAAAAUCAUGGGGAAGAUAGUGAAUUUUUUAAUUUGUGA